AUGUCACUGGAUCGCGCUGGCAAUGUCCAGGAAGUCGCAGAAACAUUCCCUGCCAUCCGACCAGGCGGAUCUCUUCUACUUGCUUGGCAAAUACGCAACAAGACUGUGCUGCUUGUAGGCGGUGGCGUUGUCGCAGCAGGACGACUGACAAAGAUCUUGGAGGCGGAUGCACGCUGUACAUUGGUCGCGCCAAGCGAUAAUCUGUCGCCUGAAGUGCGCUAUAGGAUCGCACAGAAGGAGCCGCUUCUCACGUACAAGGACAGGCCGUUUGAGAUGGCAGAUCUCCAGGGCGUUGAUAUGGUCAUGACGGCAAUUGACGACAACCCACUCUCUGAGGCCAUCUGCUUGGCCAGCAGAGCUGCCAAGAUCCCUGUCAAUAUUGCCGAUGUACCGCCCAUGUGUGACUUCUACUUUGGUUCAGAGAUACGUGAUGGGCCUCUUCAAAUCGUCGUCAGCACAAAUGGCAAAGGUCCCAAACUUGCCAAUCUGGUGCGGCGGCGUAUUACAGGCAGUCUACCACCGAACGUUGGGAUGGCCAUUGAGAAAGUGGGUAUGCUACGGCAGAAGCUACGGAAGCGUGCUCCGGGAGUCGGUGGAGAGCUAGGUGCACGGCGGAUGAAGUGGAUGAUUGAUGUAUGCGAGUGCUACACAGUGCCACAGCUUGCACAGAUGACAGACGCGUCCAUGGAUGACAUCCUGGACGGCUGGGACAAUAUGGUCGUGCCUGGUGGUCGCAAGGGUUGCCCAUUGGGAUACAAGCGCAAGGAGACAGACGCAGGGUUCGGAUUUUGUCCGCGCUGGGCGGCAUGGCUUUCGGGGCAUUGGUGA